AUGCAAUGUCAUGGGGAUCAAUGUGUGAGGACCACGCUAUUGCUACAUAAUUAUGUGAGUACAAUUUCAUGCAAGGAGUAUAAAAAGACAGGAUUGUGGGUUGUCUCAGAUGACAAGGGCUGCACGUGGCUUGGAGUUUCUCCAAAUGGCAUUGUGGAUGGUGAAAUUGUAGUUGAGAUCAAAUGUCCAUACAUGGGUGGAAAUCCUUACCCAUAUAGAAAAGUCCCCAUUACCUAUAUUCCUCAGUGUCAACUUGAAAUGUAUGUGACAAAUACAACCAAGUGUCAUUUUGUGUGCUGGACACUAAAAAGAACAUGUGUACCUUAUUGAAAGAGAUGAACAGUUUAUUCAAAAUCUUCUUCAACAUCUCAAAACAUUUUGGACUGAUGCAGUUGAAGGCAGACCACCAACACUAAUGUCUGGAAAUGUCCAGAUGUUAAAGAAAACUGCAAAAGAGAUCACUGACAAUUCCAAACUAUUAAGGUGAGUCCAGUCGCAUAGAACAGUACAAGCUGCACAACACCCUGGUUUUAAUCAUUUUUCAAAGUCAACUGAGCAACCUGUUAAACAGAAGUGCAAGGGAUGUGGAAAACAUCAAGGGUUAUGCAAUUUAAAGCAAUGCCAUCAUCAACGGAUAAGCAUACAGCAGCAGCCCUUGCAAUCAUUCCAGUCAUUUACUUAUGGCUCAGGACAAAUUUCAAACUCCUGUCACACAGACACAUUUCUGGAGUCUUUUUUUCAUUCUUUCAUAAGGCAAAUAUCACCAGCAACCGCAGACUUCAAUCCAUCCAGUUCCACUAUGGAUGCCCUCCUUGAAGCAAUCAUUUUAAGAGGAUGCAAGGACAAUUUCACAAAUCAAAGAUGA